AUGGCCAAAACAAUCGAUGUCGACGUGCUCGUUAUCGGCGCCGGCCCGACUGGCCUCGGUGCUGCCAAGCGUCUCCAGCAUUUGCUCAUCGUUGAUUCGAAUGAGACUCCUAGCGGUCUUGCAUCUACCGACAUCACCCCCGAAGGCUUCCUCUUCGACGUUGGUGGCCACGUUAUCUUCUCUCAUUACAAGUACUUUGACGAUGUUAUCAAUGAGGCUCUCCCCAAACCAGACGAUUGGUACGAGCAUCAGCGCAUCUCCUACGUCCGCUACCAGGGCCUUUGGGUCCCUUACCCUUUCCAGAACAACAUCGCUGUGCUUCCCAAGGAGGAGCAAGCUAGAUGUCUCGCCGAUCUCAUCGAUGCUGCCCUUGCGGCUCGCGUGCGAUCUCCAUCAGACAAACCGGCUAAUUUCGACGAGUGGAAUGUUCGCAAUGUCGGCGAGAGGCUAAAUGAGAUUUUCAUGCGUCCUUACAACUUCAAAGUCUGGGCUGUGCCUACGACUAAGAUGAACUCUACCUGGGUCGGAGAACGUGUCGCCGCUCCCGACGUUAAGCUCGUCACCACCAACGCCAUCCUGAACAAGGCAGCUGGAGGCUGGGGCCCCAACGCCACAUUCCGCUUCCCUGCCCGGGGAGGUACUGGCGGGAUCUGGAUAGCUGUUGCAGAUACUCUUGAUCAGAGCAAGACUCGCUUCGGCGAGCAUGCGGAAGUGACCAAGGUGGACGCUGACUCCAAGACUGCUCACUUAAAAGAUGGAACUGUUGUCAAGUACGGGUCACUCAUCUCGACCAUGGCAGUGGAUCAGCUCGCCGAGUCUCUCGGCGAUGGCAACCUUCAAAAGUCGCUUGAGCCGCUGUACUAUUCCUCUACCAACGUUGUCGGUGUCGGUAUUCGCGGAAAGCGUCCCGAACGCAUUGGCGACAAAUGUUGGCUGUACUUCCCUGAGGACAACGCUCCUUUCUAUCGGGCUACCAUAUUCUCUAACUACUCUCCCUUUAACCAGCCAAGUGAGGACGUUAAGUUAGCCACCAAGCAGCUCGCCAACGGCGCCAAGCCUGCUAGUUCGGAGCCUAAGUCUGGCCCAUACUGGUCCAUCAUGCUCGAGGUAUCCGAGUCCCCGCACAAACCUGUCAACCAGGAGACCCUGCUCGAGGAGAGUAUCCAGGGCUUAAUCAACACCGACUUGCUCAAGCCAGAAGACGAAAUUGUCAGUACUUACGUCCGUCGUUUCGACCACGGAUACCCUACGCCUACUUUAGAGCGCGACGGUGCGCUGUCGGAGGCGUUGCCCUACCUAUACGACAAAGACAUUCUGUCACGAGGUCGCUUUGGAGCUUGGAAGUAUGAGGUUGGCAACCAAGAUCACAGGCAAGUCAUCCCUGCCGAUGGACUUAGAAACUCUUUCAUGCAAGGUGUUGAGGCGGUUGACAACAUUAUCGCUGGUGGUCUGGAGCUUACUCUUUCCAACCCUGAUUUUGUCAAUACACGAAAGAAUACCGAGCGUCGUCUUGCAGGUAUCAAAGGUGCUCGGAAGUAA